AUAUGAUCGUACCAUUAUCUGAUAUACCGCGAUAAUUUCUAAUUAUUGCAAGUUUUUGCAGUACGUGGGGACACGCGGAAUCCUCACGAUCCGUGGCCCGAUACGGAUUGGAACGCCCGCACUAUGUAUGCCAGCGGUAGCUUUGAAUAUUUUCCAUAAAAGGUUGCAGACGGGAAGCUCCCUUGGAAAAACCCGAGACGGGUAGCGGUAGGGAGCGUUUUGCACGAGCACGGAAGAGCAGGGCGCUGGGCGCAAAGACCAGUCGGUCCACCACCACCACUUCUGUUUCAUAUACCACAACGCCCACCUCGCCGCAGCGCUCUCCCUCCUCUCUCCCCCUUUGCUGCCGCUUCCACGCACGCACCUCACCUCCCCGCAAGAACGGAGCAGAGCAGGUAGCCAUAGCCAUGGUGAGGAAGGACAAGACCACCACCGGCAUGAGGCUCCCGCCCCAGCACCAGGGGCUGGAGGUCAAGAUCCCCAGCUUCUUCCGCUGCCCGAUCUCCCUCGACGUCAUGCGCUCGCCGGUCAGCCUCUGCACCGGCGUCACAUACGACCGCGCCUCCAUACAGAGGUGGCUCGACUCCGGCAACACCACCUGCCCGGCCACCAUGCUCCCACUCCCCUCCACGGACCUCACGCCCAACCUCACCCUCCGCAGCCUCAUCUCCCACUGGUCCGCCUCCGCCGCCUCCUGCUCGCCCGUCGCCGGAUCCGCCGCCUUCUUCGCCGGCCCUUCCCCCGCCGCACUCGUCCGCCAGGUCGCCUCCUCCGGCGCCGACCCCUCCGCCGCGCUCCGCGAGCUGGCCGCCUACCUCUCCGACGACGACGUCGACGAGUUCGAGAAGAACGCGCUCGUGGGCGCAGGCUCCGCCGCGGAGACCGUCGCGGCCGUGCUUAGACGGAAGGGUGAGCAGAUAAGCGUCGCGGGCGUGGAGGCGGCCGUCCGGGUUCUCGCCGCGAUCGUGGCGCUGGAUGGCAUCGAGGACGCGAACAAGAGGCGGGUGGCCGCCGGCCUCGCCGUCGACGCGUCGGCCUCGGCGGCGUCGCUGGCCCGCGUCCUGCGGGGCGGGAGCGGCUUGGAGGCCAGAAUUGACGCGGCGAGGCUCGCCGAGUUCUUGCUCGCCAAUGCCGGCGCCGACGCAAAGGUGGCUGUGGCGGAAUCGUCCGAGCUGGUGACGGAGCUGGUACGGCUGGUCGGGCCCGUCGACGAGAAGGGCGGCCUUGAUAAGAAGGCCAUGGACACCGGCCUCAGCUGCCUUGCGGCCAUCGCAGGGUCGCGGCGGUCGGCGCGCGCCGACAUGGUGCGCCUCGGCGCUGUCCCGGCCGCCGCGCGCGCGCUCCACGCCACGACGGAGCCUAGCUCGUCAGCCAAAGCCCUCCGGAUCCUCGAGUCCGCCGUCGGCUGCGCCGAGGGUCGGGCGGCGCUGUGCAAGGACGCGGAGCAGACAGUUCCUGCCGUGCUCGACAAGAUGAUGAAGUCCGGGCGCGAUGGCGCCGAGGCCGCGGUGGCCGUGCUCUGGGCGGUGUGCCACAAGUACAAGGACCGCAGGGCCGCGGACGCCGCGGCGGCGUCCGAGGGCGGGCUGACGAGGCUGAUCCUGCUGCUGCAGAGCGGGUGCUCGGCGGCGGCGAGGCAGAUGGCGCUGGAGCUGCUCAAGAUUUACAAGGUGAACGCCAAGAGCUGCCUCGCCGGCUACGACUCCAAGACCACCCACAUCAUGCCGUUCUGACCAAGCUAAACGAAUGGCUUGCAAGCUCGGAACAGGGGAUAAUUCCUUUUUUCUUUUCUUUCCUUUCAUGUUUAUUUUGUUUUUUAAAUGUAAGUUUUGAUAGGGAAACAGAAGAAUUGAUUGGUCGAGAGAGAAGAAGGAAAAUAAUAUGUACAGUACAUUGGUAGAGAGUUUUGACACAAGCAAAUGAAGAUUGUUAACCGAAAA